AUGGACGGCUCAAAAGAAAUCCCCAACAUCGACCAGAACCCCCAGCAGCAAGCAGAUCCGACUUUGAAAAAGGCUUCUGCUGCCACUGAUGCAAAGCCCAAAGUCAGAACCGAGUCCAAGUCUGGAGCUCAAAGACCGCCGUUGAACAGAUUCACUACUAGUCACGAAAAUGUUCUGCAAGAGCACUUCAUUGGUGCAAUUGACCAGGGUACCACUUCAUCAAGAUUUAUCAUCUUCGAUGGAGUUGGUGAGCCUGUGGCAAUGCACCAAAUUGAAUUUGAGCAAAAGUAUCCCGAAUCUGGUUGGCACGAGCACGAUCCUUGGGAACUCGUCGCUUCAGUAGAAACCUGUAUCGAGGAGGCCACCAAGAAGUUCCUCGAAAAGGGCCACAAGGUCUCAGACAUCAAGGCAAUUGGUCUCACCAACCAGAGAGAAACAACUCUGGUUUGGGAUGCUGAGACUGGACAGCCUCUGCACAACGCCAUUGCCUGGCCCGAUACUAGAACCAAGGGUCUUGUGCGUGAGUUCAAGGACCGCAAGGGUGACCAGAACUUGUCCGAGAUCUGUGGUAUUCCCCUCUCCACAUACCCAUCGUGCCUCAAGCUCGUUUGGAUGUUGCGCCACGUUCCCGAGGUGCAAAAGGCCUAUGACGAGGGUCGCCUGUGCUUCGGUACCGUCGACACUUGGUUGAUUUACAACCUCAACGGAGGAAAAGAGAAGAACGUCUUCGUCACAGACUCUACAAAUGCUUCAAGAACCAUGUUCAUGAACCUUCACACCUGUCAAUACGAUGACAAGCUUUUGAGCUUCUUCGACCUUGAUCGCACCAAGCUCAGACUGCCUAAGAUUGUUCCUUCAUCUUGCGCAGACGCAUACGGUACUCUCGCUAAGGGUACCCUUAAGGGUAUGAAGAUUGCUGGCUGUCUUGGUGACCAGUCUUCGGCGCUGNGUACCGGUUGUUUCCUGCUUUACAACGUUGGCGAGAAGCCCACCAUCUCCACCCACGGUCUGCUUGCGACAGUGGCCUACGAUUUCGGUCGCAACAGAAAGCCAGUAUACGCCCUCGAGGGUUCCGUGGCCGUCGCUGGUUCGGGUGUCAAAUUCUUGAUGAACAACAUGGGUUUCAUUGCCCACGCCGAAAAGGUGUCAGAACUCGCUUCCACUGUUGACGACAACGGUGGUCUCGUCUUCGUCACUGCCUUCUCCGGUCUGUUCGCACCAUACUGGAUUGAUGAUGCAAAGGGUACCAUCUUCGGUAUUACCCAGCACACACAAAGAGGUCACAUUGCACGAGCUACCUUGGAAGCCACCUGCUUCCAGACAAAGGCUAUCCUCGACGCCAUGGAGAAGGACAGUGGACACGCCCUGUCAGACUUGGCCGUUGAUGGUGGUAUGAGUAACUCAAACAUUUGCAUGCAGACACAAUCAAACAUCAUCGGUAUCCCUGUCAACCGCCCUGCCAUGCGCGAAACCACCGCCCUUGGAGCCGCAAUCGCCGCCGGUUUCGCUGUCGACAUCUGGAAGGAGUUCAGCGAGCUCAAGGCCAUCAACCAGAAGAACCGCAUGGUCUUCGAGCCCGAAGUCACUCCCGAAGAGAGCGAAAAGAUGUUCAAGAAGUGGGAUCGUGCUGUCAGCAUGUGCCGCGGUUGGCUCGAUGUUGACGAGGUCACCGAGACGUAA